GAAAAUGCUUUUUUAUUUCACUUUUAUGACAUUUAUAUGCUGGAGGUAUAAAUUUUCAAUUUUUCUAAAUACUUAAUAUUAUGGAAUAUCAUCCUGAUAAUCUAUCAAUUUGGGAACGUUAUAAUCAUAGUGAUGUUUUGUUUUAUAAAACAUUUGCACCACAUUUAACUAUCAUUGAAAGAGCCAAUUUUCCAAUAUGGGCAAUACUUGGCUUCCCUGGAAGUUUAUUCAGUAUAAUUGUAUGGAGUAGUCGUCCAAUGAGACGUGGAGGUAGUGCUGCUGCUGCAGUUUAUCAGGCUAGUCUUGGUGUUGUGGAUUUAUGCUUUUUAAUCACAUGUGUUAACUGGUAUUUACACACAGCAUGGCAACUCGGUGUACUUGAUCAUCCGGUGAUAUGUGAAGCAUUCCCAGUAGUACAUUAUUUAAUACAAUAUAUGAGUCCUGUACUGGCGUUCACAUUUACACUGGAACGAUACUUGGCUAUUUGUCAUCCAUUUCGUUCACGGAAUAGUAUAAUGCGUUCUACGGGGAAAAGUGCUCUAAAAGUUGUCUUUAUUGUGUUUAUCUUUUGUCUGUUAACAGCUAGUGUUCAAGCACUAGUAUACACAUAUGAUCAUAGCGUUUGUACAACUAGACCAGCAGUUGAUGAUCAUGACUCAACUGAACAUUCUUUAUAUACUAAAUGGAAUUUUUUCACAGAAACAUUAUUUUUUUUCUGCUUUCCAAUUACCUGCCUGGUUUUAAAUAUUCUAGUCAUACAUGUACUACGACAAAGUAUUAAAUCGAAAAGAAAUGCAUUAAUUGCAACAACAAUAAAUGGUAAUUCAAAUACAACUUAUGAUCGUAAUCACCACGUGGAACCGAUAAGUAAGGGAGCACGUUCUAGUACAUUGACAUUAUUGUGUACAUCAUUCUAUCUUAUUGCUGCACAUCUUUCAGUAGCUACUGCCCAGCUAAUACAUCCUCUCCUAUCAACUGGUGAUUUACACCUAACCGAUGAACAAGUUCUUAAUGAUCCCAAAUGGAAAGCUUAUUUUCGUUUUGCUACAGUACGUGCAUUAAUUGAAUGCUUUGCAACAACGCAUUAUGCAGCUAAAUUUCUAAUAUACCUGGCAACAAGUCAACAAUUUCGACAUGAAUUUUGUCGAUUACUUCGAUGUCAUUGUGGGAAUAAAGAUUAUCUUUUAAGAGAAAAUGAUAUAAAUAAUGAUUUAAAUAUACAAGGGUUUAGUCGUAAACGUUCAAAUGUAUCACAUAAUAAUAAUAAUAAUAAAUAUUCUUUCAGUGCAUUAUCAAGACGUAGUUUUACCCAGAGAAAAUCAAGAGAUUCUACACAAUCAUUUUCUUUAGUUCCCAAUGAAAACCUGCUACCAAGUCGAAGGCGUCCAUCUCCUGGUCUUAGUCGAACUGUUAUAAGUGCAAAUGGACAACGUGUCAAAGUGAAAUCAAACAUUAACUUAAGUAUCUAAUGCACAAAACUAAGUAGGCUUGACAUUGAUUGUGAAAAAUGUCAAAGAGGAUUGUUUUUAUUCUACUGUGAUGAGCAUAAGAAAUAACGAAUAUGAAACAGACAAGCUACUCAAGCAUCCGUCUACAAAGGUACCAAUUUAUAUACACAACAAUAAUAAGCAAUGUAUAAAUCUGUUCUUGUAUGUAAACGAUUACAUAUAUCAUGCUUUGCAUACAUCAUGUACAGUAAAAAAAAAACAAUCUAAUGCUGAUUCUCCUUUCCAAAAUAACUUUAUUCUAAAGGUGAAUAGAAAAUUAUUUAAAAAGACAAGUAGAUAUUAUCCUUUGUUGUUUAUGAAAACUUUAUUCAAAAUACUAAGAGCGUACAUUAUUACGCUAUUCAACGAAAACAUUAUCUAGAUGUAUAACUGCCUUUAAAGUUUUACUGCUUUCGUUUUAAACAAAAGAAAAAAACAACAAAAUAAACAAAAAGCUGGAAGACGCCAUCAUCAUUUUCAUCAUCAUCAUCAUCAACCUCUCUUUCUUACUACACUGAUUCUUACAUUAAAUAAAAGUCUCUAUUCAAUUUAUAAUAUACUUGAAAAAUAAAUGUAAAUGUGAAUUUAUUGAAUUUUAUGCGACUCGUAAGUAGUAUGUUGCAUUCAUGUCUUCUAGUGUAUUUUAUUAUACAGAUAAGUCAUAAAGCCUAAUUUGUGCUG